AUGUCUUUCAAAGGAAUCAAGAAGUCCAUUGUAAGGGCUCCACAGAAUUUCCGUCAGAAAAUGAAUAUGGGGGAAAUUACCCAGGAUCCAGUAUAUGCUGAUGCUGAGAGGAGAUUCAAGGAAUUGGAGACGGAAACAAAGAAGUUGAGUGAAGAGUCUAAGAGGUAUUUUUCUGCUAUGAAUGGUGUUCUUGACUUCCAAAUUGACUUUUCCAAUGCCAUAGAAGAGAUAUAUAAACCUAUUAGUGGACGAUUGUCAGACCCUAACGCUACAGUACCUGAAGACAAUCCAGAUGGUAUUGAAGCCUCGGAGCUGUACAGAGAAGUGGUUAAAGGUUUGAAAGACCAACUACAACCUGAUUUGGAGCUCAUUGAGAAAAGAAUUGUGGACCCGGCACAGGAGCUCUUGAAGGUUAUUCAAUCUAUCAGAAAAAUGGCCACUAAAAGGGAUCAUAAACAAGUAGAUUUGGAUCGUCGGAAGAGAACCUAUAAAAAAUACGAAGAAAAGAAAGAGAGAACCCCCAAAGAUGAGGAGAAAAUGUACAGUGCUGAGGCCGAAGUUCAGAUUGCCCAAGAAGAGUAUGAUUAUUACAAUGAAAUGUUAAAGCAAGAACUUCCAGUGUUGUUCCAAAUGCAAUCCGAUUUCAUAAAGCCCUUAUUUGUCAGUUUCUAUUACAUGCAGUUGAACAUUUUUUACACAUUGUAUAAUAGAAUGGAGGAAUUAAAAAUCCCUUACUUUGGAGAUCUUUCGGCGGACGUCGUUGAAUCCUAUCAUUUCAAGAAGGGAAAUAUAGAAGAACAGACUGAUGCUAUUGGUAUUACACACUUCAAGGUAGGACAUGCAAAGUCUAAAUUAGAAGCCACGAAGAGGCGUCAUGCCCUCAUGAAUGCACUGAGUCCCACCUCGACUCAUGAACUGCUCCCACCCUACAGUCCAGGCUCUCCUCAGUACGGCCAGCAACCAGCAUAUGGUCAACAGCAAACAGCAUACGGCCAGCAGCAGCCAGCAUAUGGCCAGCAGCAACCAGCAUACGGUCAACAACCUGUAUACGAUCAGAAAACGGCUUACGGACAGCCAACAGGAGCGACAUCUCCCACGUAUGGAGCGUAUGGCCAAGCACCGACUCCGAUAUCGACUGGAUACGGUGCAGCACCUUCCGCCGCUUCUCCUUCUUCUUAUGGCUCCGCGAUAACUUCCCCAAUUGCCAGCACUCCAGUUCCAGGAGGCAUGCCCGUUACACCUUCUACUGCUGGCGCGCAGACUUGUACUGCAUUGUACGAUUACGCUGCUCAAGCCCAAGAGGAUUUGUCUUUUAGUGCUGGUGCCGUAAUUGAAGUUAUCGAUAGGACUACCGAUGCAAAUGGCUGGUGGACAGGAAGAUAUAAUGGUCAGACUGGAGUUUUUCCAGGAAAUUACGUUAAGUUAAACUAA